CUUCAUGUGAGUAAGAAGCAUGUGUUGUCAGCCGAAGAUCUGAACGAAUUUUUCAAUACUUUCAAGAAUUGAUUGGGGAAGCCCUGUCAAACAGAAAUGGGAAAUGGAAAAAUCCCUUAGACGCUUUCAGGAGAACGAGGGAUAUUUGAACUUGCGCCUGGCAACCCGCGUUUCUAUGUGACGUAAGCUCUGCCGUGCGCCUAGGCUCCAGCUAACCGGAGACAUAGCUGCUUACUGAAUUCUGUGAAAAUGGAGGACAGUGAAUCCCAGCUGCCUUCUGAUCAGGAUCAGACUCCGGAGCCUCUCCUCAGCUCUCUGGACAUCUUCCUCUUCUCUCUAGUCGCAGGACUGCUUAUCUACUGGUUCUUCUUCAGAAAAAAGCCAGAGCCGGUUCUGGAUAUCAAGCCAUUCCAUGCAGUACCACCACCUAUAACUGAGAGCAGCUUUAUUGAGAAAAUGAAGAAAACGAACCGAAACAUUGUGGUGUUUUACGGAUCCCAAACAGGGACUGCUGAGGAAUUUGCUAACAGGCUGGCAAAAGAUGCCCAUCGCUACGGCAUGAAAGGCAUGGCUGCUGACCCAGAGGAGUAUGACAUGUCUGAGCUGUCUAGACUGAAAGAGAUUCCUAAUUCCAUGGCGGUGUUCUGCAUGGCAACCUAUGGAGAGGGAGACCCCACAGACAACGCUCAGGAGUUCUACGAUUGGAUGCAAGGAGCUGAUGACGAUCUAGAAGGAGUCAAUUUUGCCGUGUUUGGUUUAGGAAAUAAAACAUACGAGCAUUACAACGCCAUGGGCAAGUAUACGGACAAGAAGCUUGCUGAACUUGGGAAAAGGGUCUUUGAUCUGGGCCUUGGGGAUGAUGACAGCAACUUGGAGGAGGAUUUUAUCUCUUGGAAGGAACAGUUCUGGCCUGCAGUAUGUGAGUUCUUUGGCGUGGAGGCUACAGGAGAAGACAGCAGCAUUCGGCAGUUUGAACUGGUGGUUCAUAAUGACAUCAAUAUGAAUCAAGUGUACACCGGAGAGAUGGGGCGGCUCAAAAGCUUUCAGACACAGAAACCACCGUUUGACUCAAAAAAUCCUUUUCUAUCACCUGUAACUGUUAAUCGUAAACUGAACAAAGGAGGAAACCGGCACCUGAUGCACAUCGAGUUAAAUAUCACUGACUCUAAAAUCAGAUAUGAUGCUGGAGACCAUGUUGCUGUUUACCCCACAAAUGAUGCAGCGGUGGUAAACAGAAUAGGAGAGAGACUCGGAAUAGAUCUUGAUACUGUAAUCUCUCUCAAAAAUCUUGAUGAGGAGUGCAAUAAAAAGCACCCGUUCCCUUGUCCAACCACGUACCGCACUGCACUGACCCAUUACCUUGAUGUCAACAACACGCCUCGCACAAACGUGCUGUAUGAGCUGGCGCAGUAUGCUUCUGAUCCACAAGAACAAGAGAACAUGCGCAAGAUGGCAUCUGCUUCACCUGAAGGAAAGGCUUUAUAUCAGAGUUGGGUUUUGGAUUCUGAGAGGAACAUAUUGGCUAUUCUAGAGGAUCUACCUUCCCUGAACCCUCCUAUAGACCACCUGUGUGAGCUACUCCCUCGACUUCAGGCUCGAUACUAUUCCAUUGCCUCCUCCAGCAAGGUCUAUGCAACCUCUAUCCACAUCUGUGCUGUGGUGAUAGAGUACACCACCAAGACAGGAAGAGUCUUCAAGGGUGUGGCUACCAACUGGCUCAAGAACAAAGAAGUAACCGAUAACGGCCACAAACACACUGUUCCCAUGUAUGUUAGGAGAUCCCAAUUCCGCCUGCCGUUCAAACCCAGUAAUCCUAUAAUCAUGAUUGGGCCUGGCACUGGCAUCGCCCCCUUCAUGGGCUUCAUCCAGGAGAGAGCAUGGCAGAAAGAACAAGGGAAGGAUGUUGGUGAGACAAUACUUUUCUUUGGUUGUCGCCAUAAGAACGAGGACUUCCUGUACCAGGAGGAACUGGAGAAGUUUGAGAGGGAGGGUGUGCUGACACAGCUUAGCGUUGCCUUUUCCAGAGACCAGGAGCACAAGAUCUAUGUGCAGCAUCUUCUGAAGAAAAACAAGGAGCAGUUGUGGAAGCUCAUUCAUUUAAAUAAUGCCCAUAUCUAUGUUUGUGGAGAUGCACGUAACAUGGCUCGGGACGUGCACGCGGCCUUUUAUGAGAUUGCGGAGGAGGUGGGCGGCCUGACGCACACUCAAGCUGUGGACUAUUUCAAGAAGCUGAUGACCAAGGGCCGUUACUCACAGGACGUUUGGAGCUAAGCUAACUGAUAAACCAAUGUUUGCCACUUUACCUCAAGCUAGAGCUAAAACAUCACUUAUGAAUUUGUCUGGACUGAUUUAUUAUGGUUAUAUAAUAGAGUUUUGAUGAAAAAAACUGCACUCCAGCAUCAGCAUGGUUUAAUAUUCUACUUUCAGAUGAGAUUAUGAGAUUCAGUCUACUGCAACAGGAAACUGAUUUGACUGUAUUUGAACCGUAAGUGACAUUGGAUGUUCGUGGAUACGCAAAUAUAGGUCAAGGCUGCAAAAUGCAAAUUUUUUGAGUGAGGCCUUAUAAAGAAUAUUCAUAUAGUCAUACUCUUUCUAUUAUUUUAUCUCUGUGAAAAGACUGCAAGUAUCACUUUGUGACGUACUGUAAAACUUUACAUUUUGUUUUUGUGGUGUUGUGUAUAAAAACAUCCUACAAUGUGUUACAGGAAAUUACUGUUUUA